AUGGCGCCCGGUGGUCCGAUUGAUAGUACUUCCAAGUUGGUAGACGAAGACAUUCUUCUGAUUCUCUCUCGAUUACCCUUCAACGAGGCUGCGAGAACCUCCGUCUUGGCCCAAAGAUGGCGUCAUAUCUGGCGCGGAACCAGAAGUGUUGAGCUCUUGGAGAGAUUCUUCGUCAGGCCUGGUGACUCUGAGGAGAUCAGGGAGAAUAAAAGAAGGGAGUUCAUGGAGUUUGUUCGUCAAUGGAUUAACGAUUCUGAUCGUGAAUCCGAGAUAGAUAAGUUCUCUUUCUCACUCUCCAAUCCUAAACCAUUUCAGGACGAUUUAUACGCCGUUUUAUCAUUUCCUUCUUCUAGAAAUGUCAAGGAGUUAUACCUCGAUUUCUCUGACCCUUCAUGGGAACAAGACGAUCCUAAAAAAACCCACAAGGCGGUUUGUAACAUACCAGGUCCGGUUUACAGAAACCAUGAUCUUCAAUCCAUGAAGCUUUAUUCCUGCAGUUUUAUGGAUCAGUGGUUCGGUAAUUUUGGUUCGUUAAAGGAGCUUUCUUUAGGAUGGAUUGAACUUGAAUCGGCUUCCAUGAAAGCUGUGAUGGAGAAGUGUCCAUUGCUGCUGAGUUUGAACUUGAAGAGGUGUUGGAAUAGAGGGAAAGGCAUGGAGAUUACAGGGACGAACUUGAAGUUAAGGAAGUUGAGGAUUGAGAAUUGUGGAUACGAGUGGUGGUGCUUUGAUUUCCCGAAUCUGAAAGAGUUUAAAUACAGUGGGAGAAUUAGUAUUUUACAUUUUGACAGUGUGCGAACUCCGGUGGAGAACGUUGAACUUGAUUUUGGAGUGGAGAAAGAGUUCCAACGAGUUGGUGAUUAUCUGCAGAUGCUUCUUCAUGAUCUCACUUCUGCUAGGAUUUUGACUAUUUGCACUUACGUCCUUCAGGUUAUUCCAAGUGGAAUGCAAUCAUUAGGUAUAUAUGGACGUUCUCUGGAGGGUUAUGUACCUCCGUUUGAGUUGAGGGCCAACGAUUUCUGGAUCAACAACACAACUACUUACAAGUGCUUGAGAAGUUAUGAAGUGAUCUAUUACUGCUUCAAAGAAAUUUUUCAGUAA